AUGUCCAUUCAAUUGUACUCCACAAAGGUCCAUAGCAUGAAAGAACCACUUAAGAUUACAUCCACAUUACUCCCGGAUUCAGAAAGAUCCAAUUUGAUUAAAGUGCUUUUCAAAAUUGCUCCCAAUGCAGUCUAUAGCAGCGAUCUUACAUCGGAUGUGUCAGUACUGGUGACCAAUCCAUCUCAAUCUCCGAAUUGGCUACAAUCGAGAAAGUUUAGGUACAUUGUUCAGUAUCGUCCUGAUGUGCUUGUUAUUAAAUAUGAAAGUGUUUUAUCUCAAUAUGAAGCCUGGCUCAAAGGAGACGAUACAGAUAAUAAUGAAGAAAGACUCCUCGAAUCGUUUGAUCGACUGCAGGUUUUUGAAGGACUUCAAAUUUCGGUGGGUAGACUCGAUUCAACGGACUCACUUGAAAAGCUGCGAGAUUUGGUGGAGACUCGCGGGGGAAUAAUAUUAGAAACACUUUCGAAUAGUUCGGAUGUACUGAUAACUACAGUCCUCGAAGGAAAGAGGUAUAGUAAAGCUAAAGAAUGGAAAAUUCCAGUAGUUUCUCCAGACUGGUGUUUUGAUAGCGUUGAUCGAGGGGCAGUGCUUGGAUUUGAAUAUUAUGAAUUACUAUGUAUUAACGGUAAAGGACGAAGAAAAGAUGCUUGUGACUGGACUAAAUAUAAAAAUUGGAAGCGGAAAGAGAAGCAAGACCGAAGUGUAAGACUAGCUAAGCGAAAUGCCCGAGGUGUUAGCAAAGAUAAAACCGACGAGAGCGGAGGGGAAAGGAAUCUUAAAGUUGCCAAAUUAGAUCAUCAGGAUCGACUUUGGAAUUCUAUUAUGAAGGAUACUCGAAUCAAUUCAUUGCACCGAUCUCAGAGUGGAUUUACUGGAGAUGAUGAAGGUUGGAAGGCCGAGCAAAGGGUGGAUAGUGAGAGUAAAAAUGAGACUCAUGUAGAGAAGACAAUGGUAAGUACACAAAGGCAGGAGGAAAAUUCUGGAGAGCCAUUACUGUUUGAAGGAAUUUCAUUUCUACUUUACGGUUUCAAUGCAGAGGAGGAAAAGAUACUUAGAGCUGUAUUGGCAGAGUAUAGAGCAGAUAUAGAUGAUGGUAAAAGCAGCCAGGUGGACUACGUAAUAGUGAAUUCUGAUCUUGAUAAGAAGCCUUCAGAGCUUCCAAAAGGUCAAGUUAUCACUGAAUUCGCUAUAGAACGGUGUAUCUACUUCCAUAAACGCAGCAGUCUUGACCAAAGUAGCUACUGGGGGAAUCCUCUUUUUUUCAAUCGCGAUGGCCUAAUUAGGGAAUUUAGGAGCUGUAUGAAAUUGGAUAUCAACGAUCAGAAGGUGGUGGUGGCCAUCACAGGGUUUAAAGGCAUCGAUUUAUCUCAAUUCGAGAAAUUACUAAAGGGGAAAUUGUCGAGAUUCUUUGAUUUCAAGGAGAUCUUCACCAAAGAGUGUGAGCUAUUGAUUGUGGCAGAUGUUAAGGGUGAUAAUACUUUAAAGAAGCUGAAGAUGGCAAAGAAAUGGGAUGUUAAAUUGUUAGAUCUGAAGAGAUUUUGGAUAAUAUCAAAGGAUAUAGAGUUAAGUGAAGCCAAGUGA